ACACUCUGUUGCAAGCUUCAGCUUCAGUUUCAGUUUUUCUGUUUUGCAUUUUCUGAUAUAGUUUCUGUUUUCAGUUGAAGAGAAACCUCUCUUUCCUUCUCGGAUUUUCGAAUUUCGCAAAUUUUUUUUUUGCGAUUUUUUUGUUUUCGUUUUGGACUUUUCCGAUCUCCGAUUCGUUAUAGCCAGAAAUGAGUCCUCCGGCGAGUGUCCGGUGACGGUGAGCUAGCUCGAGUUGCAUGAUCGAUGUGCUGUUUCGUUGCUAUGGCUUUUUUAAGAGGGUGCUCUCACUUCACUCAACUCAGCUCGUUUCUGUUGAGCUGAAUUUCGAGUUGCUUUGGGAUUAAGAUUUUUUCCAAUUUUUUUCUCGGCAACCAAACAGGAGGUGUUGGAAAAUUUUGCAGUGGAUAGUGAAGUUUUGGCGCUCUCAAGUUCGUUUUGCAGAGAUAGAGUCAUCUUGUCAUCAUAUUCUCAUUAGUUUCACUACCACCACGGCUUUACUAUUCACUGUGUUGUUUCGUCUCACCAAUAAUGGAAGGAGGUUUUCCUAUUAUCCGCUACUCGUCAGGGAGGAUCUGAAGCAGCGCUAGCUGCUCACGUCCUAUGAUGGACGCGUACUCCUCUGGAGAGGAAGUGGUUAUUAAGACUAGGAAACCUUAUACAAUCACCAAGCAAAGAGAACGAUGGACAGAGGAGGAGCAUAACCGAUUUCUAGAAGCUUUGAAGCUCCAUGGGCGGGCAUGGCAGCGAAUAGAAGAGCAUAUUGGAACAAAAACUGCCGUGCAGAUCAGGAGCCAUGCGCAGAAGUUCUUUACAAAGUUGGAGAAAGAGGCCCAGGCAAAGGGUGUUCCAAUUGGACAAGCUCUUGACAUAGAAAUCCCCCCUCCACGACCCAAAAGAAAACCGAGCAAUCCUUAUCCUCGGAAGACCAGUGCUGGUGCCGCAUCAUUGCAUAGUGGAGCAAAGGAUGGAAAACUCAGUUCUCUUGAAUCUUCACAUGCUAAACAAGCACUGGACUUGGAAAAGGAACCUGUUCCAGAGAAACAUAAUGGAGACAAAGUGUCACAUGUAAAAGAAAAUAAGGAUGAGAACUGCUCUAAAGUAUUUGCUCUUCUCCAGGAGUUACCAUGUUCUUCGGUUUCUUCAGCAAACAAGAGUUCAAUAUCGUGGUCAGUGCCACUGCAAAAUUCAUGCGGCUUAAGGGAGAUUAUACCUUCAGUGAAAGAGGUAAUAGCGAAAGAUGGAACAAAUAAAUCUUUUGUUACUAUUGAACUUGAAAAUCGGAAGUUGGAGAUAGAUGAUGGGAAGCAGACUAAUGGAAACUCCAGUUUGGAGAAUUCUGAUACAGUGAAAUUGGUUCAAAAUGAAAAAACAGAUGGUCUUAACUGUGAACUAACCAUAGAUGGGAUACAAGGCAAUCAUAAUUAUCCGAGACAUGUUACUGUGCACGUUGUUGAUGGGAAACUCGGAACAAGUACUGCAAAUCCAUCCCAAGAUAUGGUGUUUCAAGAUUCUAUGUUUCAGCCACUAGGAGGGAUUAAUGGGCAACCUAAUCUUUUCACCAAUACAACCGCAUCAAACACGAGCGAGAGCCAAAACAACACAGAGAGAUCUUCUGUUCAUCAAUCAUUUCUUCCUUACCCUCCCUUCAUACAAAAUAAUCAAGGCGAUUACCAAUCAUUUCUUCAAAUGUCUUCCACAUUUUCAAGUCUUAUUGUGUCUACCUUGCUGCAAAACCCAGCAGCACAUGCUGCCGCAAGUUUUGCAGCUACUUUCUGGCCCUGUGCAAAUUCAGAAGCUUCAGCAGAUUCUCCUACGUGCUCUCAAGGAGGUUUUCCACCCAGACAUAAUGGCUCUCCUCCAAGUGUGGCGGCUAUUGCAGCCGCCACUGUAGCUGCUGCAACUGCAUGGUGGGCUGCCCAUGGACUGCUUCCUCUGUGUGCUCCACUCCAUACUGCUUUUGCUUGUCCUCCAACAUCAAUGCCGGCAGUUCCAUCAAUGAAUACUGGUGAAGCACCAGCACCAGCACCGGUACAAGAACCGGCACCAAUACCAACAUCAGAGACGGAACAAGAGAAGAAUAGUCUGCAAAAUCCUCCUCAGCAGGACCAGACACUUGAUCCUGUAUGCUCGGAAGCUCAACAAGCACAACAGUCACCUUCUAAGUCCCCAGUUGAUAUCUCAUCAGAUUCCGAGGAGAGUGGAGAUGCCAAGUUACAUCCUUCGCCGUCCAAGGCUACUGAUCAAGAGUUGAACAAAGAAAUAUCCGAGCACAUUGAUUCCAACAAAGCAAAAGGUAGAAAACCAGUUGACCGAUCCUCAUGUGGUUCCAACACAACCUCUAGCAGCGAAUUGGAGACUGAUGCAUUAGAGAAGGAUGAGCAAGGGAAGGAAGAGCCUGAAACAGCUGAUGCUAACAAUUUAGCCAUUGACUCUAGUAAUCGUCGUAGUAGAAGUGUUAGCAACCUUACUGAUUCUUGGAAAGAGGUCUCCGAGGAGGGGCGACUGGCCUUUCAGGCUCUCUUUGCCAGAGAGGUGUUGCCACAAAGCUUUUCGCCUCCGCCCGAUUUGCUAAACAAGGAUCAGGAAAUGGACAGCAUCAAGGAUAACAAGCAAACCACAGAUAUCAAGGAUGAAGGCCAAGACAGCAAGAAAUGCAGUUCUAUUUUCGAGGGUAUUCAGAAAAUGAUGCCAUGUAUAGAGAAUAAUGAGGAAGAGGGACUGCUAACCAUAGGACUUGGACAAGGAAAGCUCAAGACUCGUCGGACUGGCUUCAAACCUUACAAAAGAUGUUCAAUGGAGGCCAAGGAGAACAGGGUUGGAAGCACAGGGAACCAAGGUGAAGAGCAAGGGUCAAAGAGAAUACGCUUAGAAGGGGAGGCUUCAACUUGAUGAGGUUUGAUUAUGAUCCUAUGCAUGCUAUGCAAUAGAACGUAAAAGGCUCUAUACACCUUUGGUUAUUGCAUGAUCAUAAUUUCUUAAUCCUGCUCAGUUAUGGUGUACCUAUUGUUUGUUUUCUAAUUCUGCAUCUUCACGAAACUUAUCGUGUAGAUGUGUGUACCAUAUUAAAUUACUACAUGCUUUCUUUUACUACCUUGGACAGAUGAUGAUGUUACUGCUGCUAAAAUCUCCCCUAAAUAGACUUCGACAAGAUACAUUAAGUAUUACUUGAGCAUUGAUGAACAUUAAGUAAUUUAUGAUCCUUCAUUCA